ACGAUAAUGACGAAAUAAACAUAGAAGACUACUUUGAAGAAGCAUUUCAUAGUGGUAUAAAUGUGGAAGAACUAUCUACAAGCGUUGAAUCUGUUAUAUUAAAGAAAGAGGAUUCAUUUUCAAAUUUUGACGAAGCUGAACAAUGC